UAGUAACUACUUAUUUUACUUCAUAAUUUAAUUUAACUUCAAUGUUUCGUACUUGAAAAUCAAUUAAUUGAAAAUCAGUGAGAACAUUGAAUGACUAUUUCUUGUGGAAAUAAAGUAAUAAUAAAGAAUGGUUUCUUUGAAAGAGAAUAAUAGGCUUGGUAGAACCAAAACAAAAUACAUAGGAAUAAUAAAUUGUAUGUUCGUUGAAAUAGAGAGGAGAAUCUUCAACAUUUGACAGGGUCUGUACUAUAAAGCAGUUUUCCAAUUAGAAAUUCAAUUUUUUUUCGGUUUUAGUCUGUUUUUCAAUAAUUGUUAGUUCAUUGUGAUUAAUUUUUCAUGAUCAAAUGUUAAUGAAAAUGAAAGGUACAAAAACAAAUAACUCUGGCGAUGCCAUAGAUUUUAAUGUGAAAAUAAAAUCUAAGAUUUGUAAAUCCUUACAAACCUUUACUUAAGCGAUCAUAAAUAUUUAUUUUUUUGGAGUUAUAAGGGUACAAAGUAUUUUCGAUGAAGGAUUUCAAGAAAUCUACAAUAAUUAUCUAUUGAAAAAAGCAGUAUGUUUUUUGUUAUUUCUUCUUUUUUGAAAAGGGCUUAACAAAAAACCUUAUGCUAGAAAACAAACUAAAAACUAAUGAAGGAACUACUGUAUAUAUUGUGAGCCUUUUUUAUUAUUGGGAUAAUAUAUUAAGAUUCAGUUAAGCGAAUGAUGCAUUUAUGAGUUUAGGAAUGAAUAGAUGAGAUAAAAUCACUUUUCGGUAGUUUGGAACCCACUCAACUCUUUAUGUUCACUCAUCUCACGUCAUCAACCAUGCACAAUCCUGGAGUUUAAGCGAGCAUCAUCUUCAGCAAUAUUAACAGUCAUAUUAAACAAAAGCGUAUUUCUUUAUAUUAUAAGGACGAAUAUAGUUAUAAUCUAGAUGGGUCACACUUUUUCUUCUCUUAUCAUUUACAUGGUGAGUCAUUUUGAUAAUGGUGUUUCAAGUGGGCUAUAUCUAGAGACUCAGGCAGUCAGAAGCCUGCAAUACUAGGCCUACUUCCCGACAGCUUUCUCCCUCACCAUUUUAGAUUUCAGUUGUGUGUUGUGGCUGUUACAGACUACAAAGAUUAGUGUAGCAGUUACUGUCGAGUUGAUAGCUGCCAAGUGUGAAACUUAUAGGGCUUCUUUCUUUUAAAUCUUGCGACAGUUUCUUUUUGAAACCUUGGAUUGUUUGUCAUCAGGCAAAUUUUUUUGAAAACGUCCCAUGGUAUUAGAAUUCAAACAUGAGAAAAUUAUUAUCCUUUGUGAUUGUAUUCUUGGCCUGCUCGCUAAAUAAUAGUUUGGUAUACUCAAAAGAAGAAUCCUCUAAAAAUGCAACAUUACCAAAAUUUAUCACCUUCCCUUUGCAAUGGCAGCCGUCCCCUCGCAUGAGGAUGUUGGAAAUGGGAAUUCAUCCCCAAGUUAUUCAAAGUCUUGCUUCAAAGUAUACCAAAAAGCCUUCGAAACCAGUUAAAAAUGAUACAGUACAAAUUUUCAAAUAUUUGGAUAACGAGUUCUUUGCUCAAGUUUUGCUGGGCCACCCUGGUAAACCAUUCAACAUGAUUCUGGACACAUCGUGGGGAGACUCCUACGUUCCAUCAGCGUCUUGUCCCGAAACCAACAUCGCUUGUCGAUCGAAGAACAGGUACGACCACUCCAUAUCCUCUAAAUAUGUGAAUCCCAAUAAAAAAUAUAACGUCAGUGGAAUGAUCGGUGAUCUCGCUAUGGAUCUAUUGCAUUUGGGACACGUGAAUGUGACAAACUUCACAUUCGCCGAGUUGACCUAUGUGCCCAAGUCACUGCUGUUCAAUAAGGCCGAUGGAAUCCUGGGAAUGGCUUUCAAGGAGUUGAGUGCUUACAACACACUUCCCUUCUUCUACAGACUCACGGAGUUGAAUCCUCAAAUGGAAAAGGUCUUCUCGUUCUAUUUCAAUAGAAAUCCAGCAACCAAGAAAAGCGGUACUUUGGCAUUGGGAAUGGUCCAAACAAAGCAUUUCUUUGAGCCACUCAAUUAUUUCAAUGUUAUAUCGAAUAAUUACUGGGAAAUACAAAUGGACAAGGUGAUUUUUGAAGAGAGCAAGACUAGCAACUACACUCUUUGCCCGGCUGGCUGCAAAGCACUGUUUGACACGGGCACCUCGACCAUAGGAGUUACACCUGCCGAUCUCGACAAAAUAAACCGCAUCACUAGAGCCACCGAAGUACUCAAAUUUGGUCGAUUCUCGGUCGAUUGUAAUACUAUCAAUAAACUUCCUGACAUACAUUUCAUUUUCAACGGAAUCGAGCAUAGUAUAAAAGGAAAAGAAUACGUUCAAAAUUUCAACUUGGGACCGCUGCACUUUUGUGUGACUGCCUUCGUAGCUUCGCCCCUGCCCGAGACCUGGACUCUCGGAGGCACUUUCCUUUACAGACAUUACUCAGUUUUCGAUUUGCAAAAGAGACAGAUUGGGCUUGCCAAAGUCAAAUUCUAAAGUUGUCCAGUUUAAAAUGUUUAUUUGUGCGUAUAGGAACUGCAGUUCAUCAUUUUCUCUCUGAAGGGAAGUCUGAAGCCCGAUAGCCUUGUCUAGGAUAACAGCAUCUGUGAGGGAGGAGAAACACAACAUUUUUCCUCCUCCUACAACAAUAUUUUUAUCAAUGUCUCUUUCUCGGUUUCUCCAUGGUACUUUUUGGUCUAGAAACAUUGCACCAACACAAAAUACAUCCAUGCUACUUAACUACAUGCUAUUAUUAUUUUAUCCUUUGUUCUUUGGUGCCAAAAAAAUACAAAUGGAAUGUAACCAUGCUACCUUUCUACAUGCUGUAAUACCGGAAGCUGUAAUGUUCUCCACAACGAACUAAGCAGGCGAUACAUGCGACGAAAUUGCGGUAUUCUAUUCGAAUGGGGCUACUUUCAGUAUAGUAGGACUUGAAGUAUUGUACUUACUUAUUUUUGUCUCGUUGAUGAAAAAGUAGUACAUUUUUUAUUCUGAUUCAAAGCGUAAAAUACCACUUCAUAUACGGUAGUAGUUGGAGGAGAAAUGAUUCAUCAAUACAACAACGCAUAUAGGCCUACUGUACUUCAAUUUUAUAAUUUUAGAAAAUAUUUUUGAACUAUUCACUAGAAUUAUUAGUAUAAAUUCAACAUUUGUAAGACCAAAAAUUUACCAUGGUUAUAGAGUACUUUUUUCUUUUUCUAUGCAUUCAAUGACUGAAUGUUCUAUGAUUUUGUUAAAGGUACCUAAUAAAAUAAUAUAAAAAAUCA